AUCAGCACACCAGGCCCAAACUAUGAUUUUUCUGAUAUACAAAUUGGUCAUUGCUUAGUUUCCCUAUCCAAUCCUGUAAUUUACCACCCAGUCUGUUUAUCCCUGCUUUGAAGUUCUUCUAUCUCAUUAUCUCUACCCCUUACGUUACAGCAUGUCCAGUAACCAUCCCGUGCGGGUAGCACUUCUCGGCGGAACCAACGUCGGCAAAUCUGCCAUUAUCAGCAAGGUGCAAAACAUCCCCUCCAACUACUGUAUCUAUUAUCCCACCAGAGAAACCAUGUCGGUCAUUGUGCCAUGCACACGCCAAUCCCAUGGGGGGUUUGUCACAGAGUCGUUGGUCGAGGUAAUCGAUAACCCGGGCUACAAAGCCAGCUUCACCAUCCCGUUUCUCUGUGCGUCCACCAACUUCAAGAUGACCGAUGAGGAGAUGCGUCAGUAUCACGAAACCACCCGGAAACAGACUGGAUACCCCUUGCUUGUGGCACUGGGGUUUGACGAGAUGAAUGCGGAUGUGGAGGCUUAUAUUUUGGUGUACAACACUGUUCCCUACUCCACCAACACCGCUCCACCAGGAUAUGAAGAUGGGAGCUCAGAGAGUGAGGGUGAACCACAAGGCUACGGCACCCCUUCGCCGGGCCGUCCACCAAACUUGGACACGUUGCGUAACAUCCGCAACUCAUUGUUCGAUGCCUGGGCCUGCUAUUACGACUUUGAAAACAAGCGCAAGCUCAGAGUUGACGUUCAGAGCCAAGGAGAAAACGGCUCAGUGUUAAAGUCUAUGAAGCACUUGUGGGGUAAGGAAAGCAAAACGGCACCCAGCCAAGGGCCGGGAUUGACGCAGGUAAACAGCAACCCGAGAUUGCAGAUGCCUCCGGUAAUUCUAGUGGCAAACAGCGUGGAUCACGAGCUCUCGAGUCCGUUGUUACUACGGUUAGGUGAGGACCUAGCCAAGGAGUGGAAUUGUCCCUUGGUGAAGAUGCGGCACUCCAAGGAUCCCACCCCGGGCUACGAAGACGCCCAGAAGAUUUUGCGGGUGGUUCUCGAUGAGAUUGAUCGUGCUAAAUUUUCACCGAAAAAGUUUUUGCGAGCCGGCCCUCCGAUCUGUUUGCAGACCGGUGGUGGGUCCCUAACUGGGGGUAUUGUUGAACCUGCGGAGAUGGAGCGGAGCAGCAGCUCUCGAUCCGGGGUUCCAGCUCACAUGUGAGAUGAUGCGGAAAUUCAUGGAUAAUUUACUUGGCUUAUGUACUUUUUAUAUAGUUGGGAGUUUUAUUAGCCAAUUGUAGCACUUAUAAUGAUAAAUUGGAUGAUCG